AGCAGAGCGUCCGAGAUAAAUAGGAGCAGCCCCGGCACUAGGCAGCAGUGCGCGUCCUGCUCUCCUUCCUUGCACUGCUCAGCACUCGACAUGGCUCUGCGCCUCCUCCUCCUGCCGCUGCUUCUGCUGACUGCAACCAUCCUCAUCACCCAGGCUCAAGGCAUUGGCAACUUGGGCAUGGACUGCUGCUUGAAGUACAGCCAGAAACCCAUCUCUGGCAACCGGGUGACUUCCUACACCCUUCAAGAACCUGAGUCGGGGUGUCUGCUGCGUGCUGUUGUGUUUACCACCAAGAAGAACAAGAAGAUCUGUGCCUCUCCCACUGACCCUGCUGUCCAGAAACUGAUGCAGAACCUGGACAAGAGGGUCAGGAAGGACAAGAAGGGACAGCCCCCACGUUACCGGGGCAGACCCAAGCAUCAGAAGCAGCAGCAGGUCUAAAUCAGGCCUGAAAAGGACGGAUGCCUUCCCUACCAAUGACCGACCUGGCAAUGGACAUCUACGGACCAUCCACUCUCAUGCUGGCCCUGGGGCAAGGAUGGGGCUGGCCAAGGGGGCUGCUCUCUUCUCUUCUCUGCAGCCCCCUUGGCACUGCCAAGCCUGCCCCAGAGGUUGGCAGCAAGGGGCACCCAGGUCCCCGCUCGCCCCAUGGCCAUGCAAGCGGGGACCUGGACCCAUGUGGGAGCUGAGCCAUAGCCUCAAGGGGGAAUGGGGCAGCCUUCCCACCAGAGGGGAUUUCUAUAGCCUGACAGGAUGGCAGCUUUUCCUGUGACUUUUUAGGGGUGUUUUUUAUACUUUUCUAUUUAUAUUUUAAAGACUGUGCUUUCAUUCAGUCUUCCUGGAAAGCUCUACUUCUGGCUCUUUGUGCUUCAUGGGGUACCCUUUCUGCUGCUAUCUGGCUUUUACUGGAAAAUUGCUCUUAUUUUUCUACCAAAUAAAUGAUCGAUGCUGCUAAUUUCCCUCUUACCUGUUUGCUCCUUUUCGGCUUGCAGGGCUGUGGGGUGCCGGCCGGUCCCACGUCCCCAUGGUCCUGCCUGGGCAGCUUGCUGGGGUCUUCCUUGCAGGGCAGUUAAUAGCAGAUGAGAUGGAGAAUGUGGGGACAAUGGGGGUGACUGUGGCUGUACAUCAAGGCUGUUGCAGGCUUUCCCUGCUGGCUUUUAUAGCGCGCUGUUGCAGUGUAGUUUGGAGCACAACAGGAUUUGUCCCUUUGAUUUUUAUUAAGUCUUUCUAGGCACAAAAUUGCCAUGAAAUCAUAGCCAAUUAUUCACUUUAGUGGCAUUUUACCCUUUUACCUCCCUUGGUUUUGCUGCUGUCAGAGUCAGACAUUAUUAAGCCAAAUACUUGUUUUUUUAAUGGUGUGGGGGGAGGCGGGGAAGAGAACCAGAAAAACAACUCUCAUAUACUUUCUCCCCAACUCUGAAAAGCCCACAUAGUGAAAACUGCAUGCUGUGCAGAUGGAAUAGAAGACUUUGCAAAAUUCAUGGUUACAGCCAUUUGAGAGUAGCUCUAUCCCAGAGCUUUAGUGAAAUGGGAACUCACUAACCCGAUGACACCACAGGGUGACACUGCGAGUAGAAGUGGGGGACAAACACCCGGGAUGGGGCUGGUUGUGAAUGGCAUCUCCCAGUGCUUGCAAACCCCCAUCCAGCGUGCUGAGAUGGAAUGAGGUGAAGGUCUGCACGGCAGCUGCAGUGCUAUCUGCUUGCAGAGACGUGGACUUUGGUCAGUAGAGGUCUAUUAAGUCCUAAAUUGCAAUAAUAGGAUUUGCAGAGCUUAACAGUAUCAGCAAAAUCUGUGUGUUGGCUGGUGUAAAGCUUGCGGCCGUGUGUUUCUAUCCAGCACAUUUAUCUGGCUUGAUUGCUUUAUUAGGCAGGCGUUUACAUUUAUUAUUGUAAGGCUGUGCAAAGAAACUGUGAAGUCCAAGAUACCGGCCCUGUGUAUGGGAUGGGAGCUGAGUUGUCUCUGUGCUGCCCGCUCCUCCAUGUGGGAGCAGGUGGCCGAGUGCCAGAUGGGAUUUUGGACAGGAUGUAAGGCAAUAAAACAUAUCAUUUACAACCAAA